AACACUGACGUAGCGAUGAGUUCUAUCCCAGAAUUCGUAGGGCGCGCGUGAGCUGAGUUGUGCAUCAUGGCUGACCCCCGAGAAAAAGCUUUACAGGACUACAGGAAAAAGUUGCUGGAGCAUAAGGAGAUUGACGGGAGGCUCAAAGAGUUGAGAGAACAGUUGAAAGAGCUGACAAAACAGUAUGAAAAAUCAGAAAAUGACCUGAAAGCUUUACAAAGUGUUGGGCAGAUUGUUGGAGAGGUUUUGAAGCAACUGACAGAGGAAAAGUUUAUUGUUAAAGCAACAAAUGGUCCUCGUUAUGUUGUUGGCUGUCGUCGACAGCUUGACAAGUCAAAGCUGAAACCUGGCACCAGAGUGGCCCUGGAUAUGACAACUUUGACAAUAAUGAGGUAUUUGCCUAGAGAAGUAGAUCCACUAGUCUACAAUAUGUCUCAUGAAGACCCUGGCAGUGUUUCAUACUCCGAGAUUGGAGGAUUGUCAGAGCAGAUUAGAGAACUGAGAGAGGUUAUUGAGCUUCCUCUAACAAACCCAGAGCUUUUCCAACGUGUAGGAAUAAUUCCUCCAAAAGGAUGUUUGCUCUAUGGUCCUCCAGGUACGGGGAAAACACUGCUAGCCAGAGCUGUGGCUAGUCAAUUAGACUGCAAUUUCUUAAAGGUCGUGUCCAGUUCCAUUGUUGAUAAAUACAUUGGAGAAAGUGCACGGCUGAUCAGAGAAAUGUUUAACUAUGCAAGAGAUCACCAACCAUGUAUUAUUUUUAUGGAUGAAAUUGAUGCAAUUGGUGGUCGGCGCUUUUCUGAAGGUACUUCAGCUGACAGAGAGAUACAGCGGACUCUGAUGGAGUUGCUGAACCAGAUGGAUGGUUUUGAUACCCUUCACAGAGUGAAAAUGAUCAUGGCAACUAAUCGACCUGAUACUUUGGAUCCUGCACUUUUACGUCCAGGCCGACUUGAUCGCAAGAUUCACAUUGAGCUGCCCAAUGAACAAGCCCGUCUUGAUAUCUUGAAAAUUCAUUCCGGACCUAUCACAAAGCAUGGAGAAAUAGAUUACGAAGCCAUUGUGAAACUGUCUGAUGGGUUUAAUGGUGCUGACCUAAGAAAUGUAUGCACAGAAGCAGGCAUGUUUGCAAUCCGUGCAGACCAUGAGUAUGUGACACAAGAAGACUUCAUGAAAGCUGUUCGCAAGGUGGCAGACUCUAAAAAGCUAGAGUCUAAACUAGACUACAAACCUGUAUAACACCUGUCAUUCCACUGUGAUAUCGGGGCAUGCUGUACCACUUUGAUUAAAACAAAAAAAAAAAAAAGUAAAGUUUGCUUCACACCUUUAUAAAUGUAUUCAUUUACAUUAUAGCAAACUACUUGCCUUGGUACAAAAAGAUAAUAUUCAGAAAUGUUUUGUAGUAUAAUGAUCCACAUUUUUGGUUUUGGCUCUUGGCAGUAAAAGCCAUAAAUGUCUUGAAAUGUUUUCACUGUAGCAUGUAUUUUCAUUCUUUGUUUCUAUCAGUCUUAUUAUCAAGUGUCCUCAGUAAAGACUUUGAUAAUAUGGUUUUACGAUUCUUUGGGUUUGCCCACAUCCAAAGACUCAAAUAAAAAUGUUCAAAGGAAA